GUCUUAAUUUAGCUUCUGUACUGUUUAAUAAAAUAAUUAGAAGGUAUUCUGCCAUUUUCUCUGUUGUUACAACAUUAUCAUGAGAAAGAAGUCUUUGUAUUUAAACCAUUAUAUAAUCAGUAUUUCCUAUGGGUGACUCGGUCCCUACCUGAGUGUAAGUACGUUAAUGUUCUUUGCUAUUUAGUCCUACCACAGCACUCUUGCACCAUCCAGGGACAGUUAGAAUGGAAUGAGAUAAAAAUGUCAUCUUUGCGAAUGAGGUAUCUUCUCUCUGAAAGUCAGUAUGGCAAAAUCCUCUUCUGCGUUUUCCAUCGUCGUCUCUAUUUUGGGUUUCUUAAUCUUAUUCCUUGACUCACUUUUAUCCUUAUGCUUUGCAGAGUGGAACUUGCUUCGUGUUGUGAUGCCGUUCAAAACUUCAUUGUUUCUCAAAAUAACACUCCCGUCGGGACUAACGUGAGUUACGAGGUGGAAAGUAAAAGCCAAAUCCAAAUCAGAGAGAACAUUUUUGAUAUGUUGCCAGUGACUCAGCCUUUUGUGGGGUACCCUUACAAUCAGUGUGCGGUGGUUGGAAAUGGGGGGAUUCUGAAUCAGUCUCUCUGCGGAGCUGAAAUCGAUAAAUCCGACUUUGUUUUUAGGUGUAACCUCCCCCCAACCACAGGAAAUGUUACCAAUGAUGUUGGCACUAAAACCAACCUGGUGACUCUAAAUCCCAGUAUCAUAAGACUAAGAUAUGGGAACUUAAAGGAAAAGAAAGCAAUAUUUCUGGAGGACGUUGCAACCUAUGGAGAUGCAUUCGUCCUUCUGCCAGCAUUUUCCUUCAGGGCCAACACGGCGGCCUCUUUUAAGGUGUACUACACACUGAAGGACUCUGAAGCAAGACAAAGAGUCUUAUUUUUCCAUCCCAAGUACCUGCAAAACCUUGCCCUCUUCUGGAGGACUAAGGGUGUGACCGAGUAUCGCCUGUCCUCCGGCUUGAUGAUCACAAGUGUGGCAGUUGAACUGUGCGAGAACGUGAAACUCUAUGGAUUCUGGCCCUUCUCUAAAACUGGAGAGAACACACCUGUCAGCCAUCACUACUACGACAACAGGUUACCUAAGCGCGGUUUCCACGAGAUGCCCAAGGAGUAUAGACAAAUUCUCCAGCUUCACGUGAAAGGAAUCCUCAGAUUACAAUUUAGCAGAUGUGAAAUAGCCUAAACCAGAUGGCUUUAGACAGGAAUCAUGUUCACACAAUGCAGUAGCUGAAGACCAGAAAACACCCUGCAGAGAUUUCUCUCCAUGAAGCCUUCUCCACUCAAUAUGUACCUUGGCGUCCCCAGACUCCUAGAUCUAUAACCUCUAUUCUCAGAGACCACUGGACUCUGCCUGAGUUUCCCCUCCCUGUGCUGUGGCCUGGAAACCAUUUGGCAGUAAGUUAGGGCGAUUGUAGGACUCAACUCAUUUGCAUCCGCUUUUCUCAGGGAUCACCAUCCUGAGUUGCCUAAUGUCCAAGUGUCUGAAAACCAUUGUUUCAUUCAUGUCGUCUGCUUUUUUUUUUUUUUAAGUUGUUUCAGGUAGGAAGCUAAAUCCAGUACCUGUUACUCUAUCUUAUCCAGGAGGAGUAAUUCGAUAUGAUUUUAUUUCUAUAAUGUUUGCCACCUGUCUUUUCUUGGAGUUGCUGGAAACGUCUUUGAGGAUUUCCCUUUGCCCAUCUGAAAUUUGGGCUGCUUUUUAAAACCCAGUAUUCUAUAAUAGACUACCAGAUGUCAGUGAGAUCCCUUGGAACUAAUUUUAUUAUGUGAAUGUAAUUAACAUAUUUAAUUUAGGGCUUACUAUACACUGGGCACCUAUACAAGAAAUUGGCUUACGUUAUCUUAUUAAAACCUAAGUCUGUGAGGUAGAUUAUAUUAUCUCCAUUUGAUAUAUAAGAAAACGGGCUAAGAGAGGCUAAGAAUCUUGCCCAAUGUUAUAUAGCAUACAGGUGUCAGAGCCAGUUUUCAAAUUUAGGUUGUAUACCCAAAGCUUGUAUGUUUAAUCAAUAUUUUAACCUCUCUUUAGCUUUAUUAUCGUUGAUGUUGUUUUGCUAGGGGAAAUAAGAUUAUCUAAAAUUUUUAGAUUUUAGAAUUUUACCUUCAUUACAUUGGGUCAUUUUUAACUGUCUUAUCCUUCUCAAUAAAUUCUAAAUUUUAACUUUUCUAAAUUAAGGAAUUAUGAUUCAAGCUUACAUUAUAAAUUUUUAUAUAUUCUACUGUAUUCAUUUUGAAGUUUAUUGAGAAGUAUCCACUAUGUUAAAUUCCCCUGAGUUCUUUUUGAAAUGAGCAUUUAAUGUGAUAAAUUAAUUUCUUUUAUCAGCCUGAUUCUGUUUUAUUUGUUUUGAGAUAUGUGUAUGUACCUGUGUUGUGAAAUCCAAUAAAGUACCA